AUGAAUUAAUAAUUAAAAAAAUUAGCAGUCCUAUUAGUGAGUAAGAAGAAAGACCAUACUUGUCUUCCAAUUAUGCAAUAAAUUAGAAAUUAAUUCCCUUAGCAUUCAUAUUUAAUAGAUGAUGAAUAUAAUAAUGAACCUGUAGAUUUAGUCGUAACCAUCGGCGGAGAUGGAACAAUUUUGUAGAGCUCCAAAACUAGUGUAGGCAUGCAUCUAAGAUGUUCCAAUAAAUAUUGACUCCACCUUUUGUGACAUUUGGUAAAGGAACACUAGGAUUCAUGUGUAUAUACAGCUUAAGAGAUCAAUAUGAAGUUCUUAAAAACUUACAAUCUCCAUAUAAUAUAGAGUUGAAGAAGAGAAUUUAAGGCAGUUUAAAUGGUCAAUACGUAUACACUGCUUUAAAUGACUUUUUCAUAACCAAAGGAAAUAGUAUUCAUGUAGUAUGUCUAGACAUUUAUGUUAAUGAUACAUUUGUAACUUAAGCUAGAGGGGGUAUUAAUUUAGAAUUGAUUAAUAUAGAUGGCUUAAUUAUAAGUACUCCUACUGGAUCAACAGCAUAUUGUUUAAGUGCUGGAGGUCCUUUAAUAUAAAAUAGAGUUCCUUGUAUUGCAUUAGUACCAAUAUGUCCAUUAUCAUUAUCAUUUCGGCCUUUAAUUUUGCCAUUUGAUGUGAAAAUUAGUAUAAAAAUGAAUGCCAAUUCAAGAGGAGAAGGAGUAGUAAUUUGUGAUGGACAAGUGCAAUAUGAUUUUAAAAGAAAUGAUUGUUUUGAUAUUACUCCUUCUAAAAAUGAUGUUCAAUGUAUGUUUGUUUAAGAUAUAGUAUAGUUGUUGUACCACAUGGACACUAAGAUUUAGAUUGGGUAAUAAAAUUGUAGAGAAUGUUAAACUGGAAUUCUAGAUUUUAAUAACCAAGAGAUUGAA